UUCCACCCACACAGGUGAUUCGAUUGUAUAAAAGUUUACCACUGCGGAGCAAUUUCGAUUCGUGCUCAUAUCGCUGUUACUAGUUGUGUCAAAUUGUCGUUUACGUGUGAUGCAGAUUCUUACGUUUAUGUGAGACAACGAAGAAUAUUCAAAUUCAACAUCUUCUUCCACUCAAAAACAUUCCUUUCGCAUUCUGUUUUAUUUGGGAUUUUCUUAAUAUUCGAUGAUGGAGCAGGUGAAUAAUGAAGUGUACGAAAGUCUUUCGACGUUGCAAAAGUUCUACGAAGGGAAGAAUAUAUUUCUGACUGGAGGUACAGGAUUCUUGGGCAAAGUGUUGACCGAGAAGCUGCUGAGAAGCACCGGCGUAUCCACUAUUUACAUGUUGGUCAGAGAGAAGAAAGGAAAAGGUGUUCAUGCCAGGAUCGAUGAACUCUUAGACGAAAUCAUAUUUGACAAAGUUAAACUGUCAAAUCAAAAGUAUAAGCAUAAAGUCAUAGGUAUUAGCGGCGACUGUUCAUUGGCCGGACUUGGUAUAAGUCUGAACGACAGGAAUAUGUUGGAAAGAAACGUGGACAUCGUCUUCCACGCUGCCGCCACAGUUCGCUUCGACGAAGACCUGGACUUGGCUUAUGCGAUCAACGUGAACGGUACGAAACAUGUGAUAAAUUUGUGCAGGAAUAUGGAAAACCUCAAGGCCUUCGUGCAUGUUUCCACUGCGUAUGCAAAUUGUCAUCUGGCGGAGAUUGAGGAGAAAUUCUACGAAUAUCCGGUGAAUUAUGAGGAUGUUGAGGCGAUGCUGGAUAAGAUGAGCAAGGAGGAGAUCAAGGAGAGCACGUCAAAAAUUUUAGGAAAUUGGCCAAACACGUACGCCUUCACGAAAGCCCUGGCCGAAGCCAUGAUCCAGGACAAAACCAACGGUAUGCCCAUCGGCGUCUUCAGGCCAGCGAUCGUUGUCUCGACGUACAAAGAACCUUUCCCUUCAUGGAUCGACAACCUUUACGGACCUACAGGUGCUUGUGCGGCUGUAGCUUCUGGUCUCCUGAAGAGCAUGCAGUGCAAGGACAGCGGUAUAGCAAACGUGGUACCUGUUGAUACCUGCGUCGCAGCUCUACUAGCUUCCGCUUGGGACGUAUCCUGUCAAACUAAGGAGAGAAUCAAAGAGAACAUUCCCAUUUACAAUUACGUUUCGACAACGGAAAACCCGAUAACUUGGUUGGAGUACAACACGUUCAACACGUUCUACGGACACGAUUAUCCUUUCUUGAAGUCCAUCUGGUGCAUUAGCUUCAGCACGACGAUCAGCGAACACGUGAACGUUGCCAACAGGAUCGUUUACCACUUCAUCCCUGCCUGCUUCUUGGAUGCACUACUUCUAAUCAGUGGGCAACGACCAAAAUUCAUAAAAAUGUACCAGAAGGUACACAAGUACACGGCCGUCAUCGAGUACUUCUGCACGCGAGAUUGGACGUUCACCAACGACAACGUGCAGCAGCUUCACGAGAAAAUGGAUUCGAAGGAUAAACGGAUCUUUCCGAUGAGCAUGAGGGACGUCCAUUGGCGAGACUACUUCAAAACAUACGUGCUCGGUAUUCGACAGUACGUGAUGAAGGAGUCCGAAGAAUCGUUACCCGAAAGCAGAACCAGAAUGUACAGAUUGGAGCUCCUCAAUAAGACGAUAAAAUUCGUGAUUUACUACAUCAUUGCCAGUGUCGCGUGGAGCUUAAUAGCUAGUGUAUUUUCGAGAUAAACCGAGCAUCCAAUGAGCAAGCUUUGCUUAGGAACAAAUUGACACUAUGUAGUAGAUAGAAGGAAUAUUAAGAUUUAGGUGUGUAGGUUGCGUUGCGUUGGAAACGCGGUGUUGUUGAUUUUAUUUUACAAUGUACCAAAUAUUAUUAUUUUUGAUUACUCCUUUUUUUUUAUUAUAGAUAUAUAAAUAUAUUUUGUAUUUUAUAUUUUAUAUGUACACCAGUACCGAAAUUCGAUAAAGCUCUGUUUA